AUGACAAUGCUUAAUUUCACAUAUUACAAUCCAGUUAGAUUAAUUUAUGGAAAAGGGUCAUUAGACGAGAUAGAGAAACAACAUUUAAUUCCUGAAGAUGCAAGAAUCAUGAUGACAUAUGGAGGAGGUUCUAUUAAGAAGAAUGGAGUUUAUGAAGAAGUCUUGAAACACAUUAAGCCAAUUGUAGAGUUUGGAAGAAUAGAACCAAAUCCAUCACAUGAAACAUGUAUUAAAGCUAUUAAGAUUAUAAAUUCACAACAUUUAUUGUUUAAUGUCAUCAUCACCUUUAUCAUAUAG